GCCCUCUUCCGCUGCCGCCGUGGGAAUGGAAACAUCUGCCCCACGUGCCGGAAGCCAGCUUGCGGUGAUGACGGCGCGCCACUCCGCGUCCUACCGCGCCCAAACCCUGCGGCUGUCAUCGCGAGACAAACUCGCCGAAAUGGCCGCAUCCAGUAAAGGAAACUUUGAGUCACUGGACCUUGCAGAAUUUGCUAAAAAGCAGCCAUGGUGGCGCAAGCUGUUUGGGCAGGAAUCUGGGCCCUCAGCUGAAAAAUACAGCGUGGCAACCCAGCUGUUAAUUGGAGGUGUCACUGGAUGGUGCACGGGUUUCAUAUUCCAAAAGGUUGGAAAGUUGGCUGCAACAGCUGUGGGAGGUGGAUUUUUUCUCCUUCAGCUUGCAAACCAUACUGGGUACAUCAAGGUUGACUGGCAGCGAGUAGAGAAGGACAUGAAGAAAGCCAAGGAACAGCUGAAGAUCCGUAAGAGCAACCAGAUAACUACAGAGGUCAAAAGCAAAGCAGAGGAGGUAGUGUCAUUUGUGAAGAAGAACGUUAUAGUGACUGGGGGAUUUUUCGGAGGCUUUCUGCUUGGCAUGGCAUCCUAAGGAGGACAACUUCACUUUCAUUAUUCCUGUUUUUUUCCAAACCAGCAGCCUCUUCACUCCAUCAUAGGACAUCAAGUCUCUCCUGCUUCUCCUCUUCUUCCUCCCUGCUGUGGCGUAUCUGAAUGGCUUCUAUAGGCAUCUGUCGGUACAAGUUGAUACGGCCCUAUUGUGAACCUGAUGGCAACGGAAGAGACCAUAGACAUUAGCUCUUCUCCCAGCACACUCCCCACUUGACUAAUCUGUAGGUCAGCAAAAGUGUUCCUUUCCCCCUCCCAUAUAAGAUACUUAACAGAGCAUGGUAUAUAAGAUGGCUCACCUUGGAGGAUGAGUGGAUCCUCAAAGGUUGUCCCAAACUUGAUUUGGAAAAGAAAUCACAAGCAUAUAGAUACCUUAUGUGCUGCAUGGAAAGGAACUGAAUACAUUUGCCUUUAAGCAUGAAAGACUUGUUAUCUUGGUGUCUGCUUUCUUUUUUAGUUGGUUUUAGAUUACAGAAAGAGAGCUAUUUGUAUACCUGCUGUAAUUAUCCUGACAAAAAUGGCAGUAAAGCACUAUAAUUGAAAAAUCUGAAUAUGGAAUGAACUUGUGCUAAAGGUAUAUAUGCUGAGCUAAAGGUAUUGUGUUUGGUGGGAGACCAACUAAUAGAUACAUCGUCGGAUGGUCAAACUUAGUGAAUCAUUUAGGGACAUUAAGAUAUUAUCCAGGGAUGCUUUCCUCAUGGCUAUUUCCAAAGGGUUUUUUCAUGGUAAAAUAAGUGAUUUUAGGUAGGAAAGGGAAGAAGCUCUUGGAUUUUUAUUACAUAGAAAAGGUUUUUUUUUUUUUUUUUUUUUAAAGAUUUUAUUUAUUUAUUUGAGAGAGAGAAUGAGAGAGAGUACAUGAGAGGGGGGAGGGUCAGAGGGAGAAGCAGGCUCCCUGCCGAGCAGGGAGCCCAAUGCGGGACUCGAUCCCGGGACUCCAGGAUCAUGACCUGAGCCGAAGGCAGUCGCUUAACCAACUGAGCCACCCAGGCGCCCCAUAGAAAAGGUUUUAAGUAUUAUUUACCUCUUGUCAAAACAUUAGGGAUAGCCAUGGCUCCUCUGUGCCAGAUCUAUUUCUUUAUCUAGUUGGUAUGAAAUACCUCACAUUUGAGCCAGAGUUUUAAAGAGGCAUUCAGAAUUGAGAACAGUAGCAAUAGCAUGUGUGAAGUAAAUUAUUUCCAUCAUCAAACGUUCUGCUGUCUCACAGUGGCCACAACUCUUAGAAUUAUUCUUUAAAAGUUUAUAGAUACACAUGCUUAGAAUCUUAGCACAUUUUGUUGUCAUGGCCUGUUACCAUGUCUGCAACCUCGGCUAGACUAUCCACUUCUGGAGGGUAAGGCUUGUGUCUUCACCAUUUCACCCAUGGAACUGAGCACUUAAUAGGUAUUCAGGAUUUGUUGAACAUAUGACUGAUGACCUCAAAAUAAUAAACGUAUCCAGAAAAGGGACUGAUCCAAAGAAUUAUUUGAGACUUUAUGAGUUCUGAGAAUGCGGGAAACUUAGAAUUAAUUCUUAAACUUGCAGGUGAUCUCUGCAAAAUGUAUGUUUUUAAGGCCUUCUUUUAAAAUGUUUGCCUUUUAA